AUGCUCAUAUAUAUGGAAACUCAAACUCUUCUAAGGCCAACAUCACACUCGUUAUCUCCGAUCCCCAAGUAUACUUCACACAUAACAGUGAAAUCACCACCACGCACUACUACAAAACACCACUACAUAUUAGCUUCUAACAUAUCUGCAACGUCCCCUAAAAGAGAAAAAGAUGCAAAAAAAAGGGUGGUUGUUACGGGUAUGGGUCUUGUCUCUGUGUAUGGAAAUGAUGUUGAUACCUACUACCAAAAACUCUUAGCUGGGGAAAACGGCGUCAGGUUAAUAGAUAAAUUCAAUACUUCAAAGCUCCCUACAAGAUUCGGGGGUCAGAUUAGUCAUUUCAGGUCAGAUGGGUAUAUAGAUGACAAAAAUGACUUGAGACUUGAUGAUUAUCUACGGUAUUGCAUUGUGGCAGGGAAAAAAGCUCUUGAAGAUGCUGGUCUUCGAGUCCAUGAACUCUCUAAGAUUAAUAAGGAGCGUGCUGGUAUACUUGUUGGAACAGGAAUGGGAGGCAUGUCGGUUUUUUCUGAUGCAUUAAAUUCUCUGAUGGAGGGAGGUUAUGAGAAAAUAUCACCUUUUUUCACACCUUACGACCUACAAAACAUGACUUCAGCUGUACUUGCUCAUCAUCUUGGCUUUAUGGGACCAACGUACUCCAUUUCAGCUGCUUGUGCAACAUCCAACUUUUGUUUCUGUGCUGCUGCGAAUCAUAUUCGUGAAGGUGAGGCUGAUUUGAUGAUUGCUGGUGGAAGUGAAGCUGCUCUUAUUCCUUUCGGAGUGGCAAGUCUUGCUGCUACUAACGCAUUGUCUAAAAGAAACCAUGAUCCACAGACAGCUAGUAGACCAUGGGAUAAAAAUAGAGAUGGGUUUGUCAUAGGUGAAGGUGCUGGUGUUUUGGUAAUGGAGAGUUUAGAACAUGCAAUGAAAAGGGGGGCACCAAUACAUGCGGAAUUCUUGGGAGGUGCAGUCAAUUGUGAUGCUUAUCAUAUAACUAAUCCACGACCCGACGGAUUGGGUGUUUCUUCUUGCAUUCAGAUGAGCCUUAAGAACGCUGGUGUGUCUGUAGAGGAGGUUAACUACAUAAAUGCACAUGCAACUUCAACAGUGGUUGGAGAUUUGGCUGAGGUAAACGCUCUCAGGAAGGUAUUUAAGACCACCACAGGGGUUAAAAUGAAUUCCACCAAGUCUAUAAUCGGACAUUGUCUUGGAGCAGCGGGAGGUAUGGAAGCCAUUGCUACAAUUAAAGCAAUACAAACAGGCUGGUUGCAUCCUACAAUUAAUCAGUUUAAUCUUGAUCCUACAGUGGAGUUCGACACUGUCGCAGAUAUAAAACAACCACACAAGAUUGAUGUUGCCAUUUCAAAUUCAUUUGGUUUUGGUGGAAACAACUCCGUUAUAGCAUUCUCUGCUUUCAGACCUUGA